GAAGAUAGAAGAAGAAAGAGGCGGAAGCGGGUGCCUAAAGUACCUGCUUCAGUACUUGUUUGUUGUUAUUCCCGUUAAAUUUCAGGAUGGCACAGUGGGGGGCAAUUUUUUCAAUAAUUGCUGCCCUUGGAGGAGCAGCCCUUUUGUCCUCAGUGCACAAGAUAGAUGAGGGACACACUGGUGUUUACUACAGGGGAGGGGCUCUGCUGACCACAACCAGUGGCCCAGGUUUUCAUCUUAUGCUCCCCUUCAUCACCUCAUACAAGUCUGUUCAGACCACGCUGCAGACAGAUGAGGUGAAGAAUGUACCAUGUGGCACAAGUGGAGGAGUGAUGAUUUACUUUGACCGUAUAGAAGUAGUGAACUUCCUCAUUCCAUCAGCAGUGUACGACAUAGUGAGGAACUUCACAGCUGACUACGAUAAAGCUCUGAUAUUCAACAAAGUACACCAUGAGCUCAACCAGUUUUGCAGUGUUCACUCUCUGCAGGAAGUCUACAUCGGCUUGUUUGACCAAAUAGACGAAAAUCUGAAGCUGACGCUGCAAGAAGAUCUAACUUCCAUGGCCCCUGGACUCAUCAUACAGGCAGUGCGUGUGACAAAGCCCAACAUCCCAGAGAGUAUUCGCCGGAACUACGAGCUCAUGGAGAGUGAGAAGACAAAACUGCUGAUCUCCCAACAGACACAGAAGGUCGUGGAGAAGGAGGCAGAGACCGAAAGGAUCAAAGCUGUGAUAGAGGCUGAGAAAGUGGCACAAGUAGCAGAAAUCAAGUUUGAACAGAAGGUGAUGGAGAAAGAAACUGAGAGGAAGAUCUCAGGAAUCGAAGAUGGUGCUUUCCUGGCUCGACAAAGGGCUAAGGCAGACGCAGAGUUCUAUACAGCACAGAGAACAGCCGAGGCCAACAAGCUGAAGUUAACACCAGAGUACCUGCAGCUGAUGAAGUACAAGGCGAUCGCUGCUAACAGCAAAAUCUACUUUGGCAACGACAUACCGCACAUGUUCGUAGACACAGGUGCUGCAGGGACUUCUAUAAAGGCCUCUACAGCCGUGGACAUGGUGGGUGAGCAGAUCUUGGAUAUGGAUUAAGUACAGGGAGGUACAGGACCACCAGGAGAGCAGUGGAUCAUGUGGUAGAGAGCAGUAGCCUGGUCCAUAAGGUCAUAAGGCUGAGAAAAACUGCUACUGCUACUGCUGCUGUUGUUGACCAGGGCCUGUGUUUCUCAAGCAUCUCAGAAUCUCUGCUAAACCUCAAACUGAAACAGAAAAUAAUAAUUCCCCACCCUAGAACAGAAAACUAGGAAAUUCACCACAGGCAAUAUCACUCCAAAUACAGUUGCUUCAUUUUCUAAAAUUGUAACAAACCCAAAAUUAUUAAUCGGGACAGGUUUUGUCAUCACAUUCAUAUUUUCUUUACACAAAAGUAUGAAGGGUUUACUUUAUUUGCAAUGCAUUCCAUUAUCCUUUUUAUCCUCUUACAAAAAAAAACCUUCUAGACUUUUUUUUUAGAUUUUUUUGUUGCUUAUUUGUACUGCUUCUUUAUGGAAAUUUGUUCUCAUAUAUAAGGUGAAUUAUAAAAUUUAGAGGAAGAAAAAGCAAAAUCUUUCAACUUUUCUAUAUGAAGUGUUUUCAAUGAUGAUUUCUGAAACUCUUGAAAAAUACAGGCCCUACCAAGAUACGUCACCGUAGACAAAUCACAGGGAAGAUGAAUGUAUAACUGCCUGGCCGUCAAACAUAACAUUGUCUUUCUGUCCGUUUGUUAUUCAUAUUCAUAUGUUUUUGUAAAUGGACAUCUUUAAUAUGAAAGAAUUUGAACCGUAUUUUGCAGAAAUGUAUAUAUAGAACGAUUGUUUUUCGCACUGUACCUUUAGUGUAGUACUGUAGUAAUGGCUUCACUGUUUGUUGUUGUGUUUGUUUCAUCUGUUAGUGUAUGUAUUUCUCGUGAACCCAAUCCUGUUCACAUCAAAUGACAAAAGCAGUUUGUGUGUUAAAAGCAGCGCCGUGCAAAUUGUGCCCCCUGUAGACCAUAUUCUAAAACGUUUGAAGGUGAUAAGUUAAACCAGAGCUUCUGAUCUGAAUGGUUGUGUAUAGAGAAGUUAGCUUCCUUUUUCAUAAAGAAACAAGCAUAUGGCCGUCUUUCCAUUUCUUUCCUGGGGAGGUUCUACACACGGUUUGAAUUACUUCAAAAUAGAGAAAUUUACUCUACACUUCAAUAUUCAUUAUUCAAAAUUGUGAGGUUUUUAUGUCUUCAAUCUUGACUUACCAAAGUAAAAACGAAAGUAGGGGCAGAGGGCAGCAUCAGAGAAGGUAAUCACGUUAUUAUAUAGCUUUUGUGGCCAUACUGAUCUGAUUAUUUUUGUAUGUUUCUCCAAGUUGUAAACCACCAAGUUGAGAAAGUGUUAUUUAGCCUCUACGCCACUCUCUUUUCCUCAGACAAAAUAAUUGAGUUCAGCUAAUGUGCUGUCAUGUUUCAUCAGCUCAUAACAGACUUUUGGUUUUGGUGGUUAAUUUUCACCCAAAGUUUGUCUUGGUCUGAACUUCACAGUCCAUUCCUGUGUAGUACUCCAGUUGUUUCUCUGUUUGUUUGUUUUUUAUUAUCUGUGCCAGUUUUUUUUUUUUUUUUUUUUACCAGGUUGAUCUUACACAUGUUAAUUCUUGCUUUAGUUCUUGACACAUUACUGUCCAUGUGAUUUUUUUUCAGUGCAUGUAUGUCUGAAAGAGAAACCUCACACAUUACUUCAUAUCAAAGGCUGAAACAUGACUUCACUGAAUUUUGCAAUUUUUGAGGCUCAUAAUAUAACAUGUUUUUCCUUUUAAACAAUUUAAUUUCUUGUUUCAAAGCAAAUAGACGAGCUGUCUAAAUUAGGUGACUAUGGUUAGAGGUGAUGCCUGAAUAAAUCCCCCCUAUUGUAUAGUAUAUAAACCUUUAGGAAAUACUAAAAAAACUCAAUAUAUGUUUUUAUUAAUCUGUCCUUGGUAAGAAUCACGUUACAGUGAUAAAAGCGUGACCUUUGGAACAGGAACUGUUAGACAGUAAAAAAAAAAGGAAAAGUUUUGUACAGGUCAGUUAUUAAGUCAAAUGUUAAGACGAUCAGGACCGAAAUCAUGUUUGUUAUGUCUGAUGUUUUUUUUAAUCAUCUAAGCAUUUGACUGCAAUUUUUUUUUGUAGAUGUAUUUUUGUGAUUGCAGUAACAUGUAGCAUUUCCACAUUAACAAGUGUCCACAUGGGUUUCUACAGUAAUUCAUGCAAUUGAUGCAUUUUAGAUAAUCAUAAUAAUAAUACAGGGUUUAAUCUUUAUGUGUGGGCUUAUUAUCUUAGAAUUAUGAGAAAGUUUUCUUUUCUAGUACAGAAAGAGACACAUUUCUUUUAACCAAGGCCACAUGUUUUAUUUCCUGAGUCCACUCUUGUCCAAUACAAAUAUACAGUUCACUGGGCCAAGUUUAAAACUUCCUGUCAGUCCUCAAAGUGACUUUUUUGUUAUUAUGAUUCUGGAUUCCCUGAUUAAUUCAAGAAUAGCAGUGACUUUUCUUUGCACUGACUUCACUUGUGAGUACCUAGCUCUAGACACUGUCAUUGGACAAAUCAAAUCAUGUGUGUUAUUCUAUAGGAAAUCACUGAUAAUUCUUAUAUAUAUAAAAAAAAUAUGCACUGAAGAAAUUGUGUUUGAAAGUAAAUAAAAAUAUACAGUUGUCUAA